AGUACGGAAUGCAGAAUGGGCCAAACCCUCCGCGCUUCUUUUCAGCCUGCGAUCAGAGCGCGCGGCGGCAGCGGAGGAGAGGAGCGGUCAGACCGGAAUCACAUGAAAAACAGGCAGCAGCUGCCCCGACUCCGCGCGCACCGGCGAGCCACGGACAGGCACAGGGAUGUGUUGGAGGACUGCGGGGAGAUAAUCGGCCGGAGGAAGGGGCGACAGCACGGGGCGGACUCUGCCGGGGACGGUCGAGGCUCUUCCGUGGGGAGAGCGCUGAGACCGCGGCCCGCCCGGGCGGAGGAGCUGGGGGCGGGGAGCGACAAUGAGCGGGACACCGGGGCCAUGGAGAGCAGCUCCGCGUCGCGGCUGAAGGACAGCCUCCGAGUCCCCUCCGCUGUUAUUAACAUGACCAGAGACCUUCCGGUUACGGAGACUACCGACACCCGGCGGACAGGCUCCGGGACUCGGGCGGGACCAGGAGGAGGGGACCCGGCGGAGGAGCUCGGUUUGGGGGAUUACCCGAGUUUUCCCGGCACUAUUCCCCAGCUCAUCAUCACCCGCGAGCCGAGCCCCAGCCGCACCGAGCCGCUGGAGCUGCCGCGGCGGGGAGACGAGUCGCCAUGCUCGGACAGCGGCUGCGGGGGCUCCCCGGUGCCUUACUUUUCCCUCCGCAAGCUGUCCAGCUCCAGCUCCGCCGGGCUUUCAUCCGCCUCUUCAUUCGAGGAGUCCGAGGACGACGUGACGGGCAGCGACGCGGAGCCCGCGGCUCUGUCCCCCUGCCUGUUCGGGAGUCCGGAGGAGCUGACCGGGGCAAAAUCGUGGAGGAAGUUAAAGAGCAUGGUACAUUUCUCGCCCUUCGUCGUGUCCUUCAAGAAGCGCUACCCCUGGGUGCAGCUGGCCGGACAUGCAGGUAGUUUCCAGGCUGGUGAGGAUGGUAAGCUGUUGAAGCGGUAUUGUGAGUGUGAGCAGCAGUGCCUGCAGAAGCUGAUGAGUGAUACCCUAAAGCCAUUUGUGCCCGGCUACUACGGCGUUGUCCAGCGAGACGACCAGGAAUACAACCUGAUGGACGACCUGCUGGCAGACUUCGACUCUCCAUCCAUCAUGGACUGUAAGAUGGGCAGCAGAACGUAUCUGGAGGAGGAGCUGGUGAAGGCUCGUGAGCGGCCUAAGUUGAGGAAGGACAUGUAUGAGAAGAUGGUGGCAGUGGACCCGGACGCACCGACUCCAGAGGAGAGGGCACGGCAGGCUGUUCUGAAACCACGAUACAUGCAGUGGAGAGAAACCCUGAGCUCCACAGCCACGCUCGGCUUCCGCAUCGAGGGCAUCAAGAAAGCGGACGGCACAUGCAACACCAACUUUAAAAAGACAAAGCACAGAGAGCAGGUCAUGAAGGCCCUGGACGACUUUGUAGACGGAAACAAGCAGAUACUGAGGAGCUAUCUUCAGAGGUUAAAGGAACUGCGCAGUGGGCUGGAGACAUCGGAGUUCUUCAGAUCACAUGAGGUGGUGGGCAGUUCUCUGCUGUUUGUGCACGACGCUUCGGGACAGGCCCGGGUCUGGAUGAUCGACUUCGGGAAGACGGUCCCUCUGCCUCCACACCAGACCCUGGACCAUCGCACUCCCUGGGCAGAGGGCAACCGUGAGGACGGCUACCUGUGGGGCCUGGAUAACUUGGUUGAAAUCCUGGGUGCCAUGCUGUCGGACACAGCCUCGUAACAACUCUAGGGGCCCAAACACCGGUCCUGCUGUUACAGGGUCUGGAAUUAAGAAAGGCCGGAGUGGUGGAGAGAGAGAAACGGUAUAUCGGUGUACCGGUGUAUCGAACUCUCUCUUUCACCAGAGAGGAAAGAGGAUGCUUAAGGGCUGGAUAAGCCACGCCCACGGCUCUGCAUUGCAGAACAGUCGGCGGGAACUUUUGAUGAGAAGGAGGGACGGAAAUGCUGGAGUCGAGACCAAUCAUUAGACUGGGCAGACUGGUGAUUAGUCACUCAGCAUGCAUUUUGACUGUCUUAUCUGCUCAUCUGCCUUCAUUCUGGGACACAUUCUCAUCCGGCAAUAAUGCAGAACCGUAUAUGCAAAACUGGCAAUACACCAAACCCUGCUCCUGGACCAAAGCAAAAAAAAAAACAAAAAGAGACCCGUUCUUACAUUUAUCCUAAAGAUGGGUGUCUCUGAAAGUGACCUUAUCAGACAAUCUCUGGACAUUUUUUUGGUUAUUGUAAGACGAAAGCUUUUAUAAGCAUACUUUCUUUCCUUUUUAUGCUUAAGUAUAAUGCAAAUAACACUAGAACACUGGAAAUAUUUUUAUUUUCCAUUUGUGGAUCAUCUCUUUAUAGUAUUUUUAUAGUAAUGUAAAUAGUUUAAUUUAAUUUUAUGCUAAAAGACUUCCUUUUUUUCUAUACGUCAUAAUUUUUUUUACUGCCUGUUUCUGUACAAGAUUUGACAAUUAGGCACAUUUUAUAGAUAUGCGAUAUUCCCCAUGGUUGAAUCACAUGGUUGAAUACCUAAAAUGCUCUCAAGAGAAAUGGUUAUUACAUAAUCAUAGUUUAUGCAUACUGCACUAUUUGGAAGAUUUAACUAAGGAUUUUAUUACUAGUUUAGGUCUGUUGCUCAUUUAGAUGUGAGGUUUAGUUCUUUAAUUCUGUAAAACACAGGUUCACAGUAUCAGACUGAAGUGACUUAAAUGUGAUUGUUUGCCUUAAUUUGACAGAUUAGUUUUUUAAGGGCUUAGUGGACAUGUUAAAUCAGAUCAAAUUUUUCUUGAAUCAGAUUUGAGUCACCUUGAAACAUAUCCAAGGUAACUCAAAUCUGAUUUAAGCCCCAAUCAGAUUUUUUGUCUAAAUUGUGUCUAGAUUAUAGUUUGAUAGUCUGGACAGUCAGAAACCACAUGAAAUUAGAGUUCUGCAAAUCAGAUCCAAACAGUGAUUGGCGUGCAGUAUGAAACAGCUCCAAACAGAUAUGUUCGUGAUGUCCAGACAGGCAAAUCCAAUCUGACCACUUAUAAAAUUUAAAUGCAGUCUGAACACAAAUGUGACUCUAGAUCUGAUUCCCAUCCAGUUUGUGGACAUGCAUCAUUUAUUUAAAUUGUUGCCUGUACACAUGUGCAUAGGACUGUAGUACAUCAUUAACCAACACCAGUGUUGUGCUGAAUUCUGCCUCCUUGUCAGAAUAUGAUUCCAGCAUAGUGUAAACAUAAGCAUAAGCAUUUCUGUUGAGAAAUAUCUAUUAACAUUUUUAUUAACAAGUUUUCCUUCACAACAAACAACAGUAUCACAGUGUAAUGGGAGUCUGAUUGUGGCAGGGAUUGGAAUUCUGCAUAACACUAUUAGAGCAGCAAACAACAGUGGAUGCAUAAACAUAUGUGUGGAUUACUGAGAUUUAGCUUUAAUUUAAUAAUGGUACCAGGGCAUGACCAGGUGCAGUUCUUUCUAUGUUUUAAGAUAUUGCAGCAGUGUUAAUUUCACCUACUCUUGAGAGGUUGGAAUGGUGUACUGGCACAGUAAUGGAUGUCCACUUCACUUUUAGAGUGGCUUCCCUAGAUUGCUCACAAUUUUGGUGGAUAAUCAGAAUUUGAGGGUGGAGGGCUUGUUAUCUUGACUCGUGUGUUAGAUGCACUGAAUGUCUUUCAGUAAAUCUGUGAAUCCAAAGAAACUGGAUCUUUUGUGUACGAAAUUAUUUUGGAGCUCAGGAACAAUGACUGUGACAAUGCUGUGUCUUAUUGUGCUUUUCCACUGCAUGGUACCCACACUACUUGACUCGACUCAAGUCUUCUCUGCUUUUUUUUUUUUUUUUUUUUUUUAUCUUUUCCAGUUCCAAGGCAAAUUUGGUCCCUUGUACCUGGAUACGAGCACUUUUCACAAUUUGCUCGCUUAUGGUUCCAAGCAAGCCUAGUAGGAACUAAGCCCUGAAUCAUCCCUAGCCCUAAUGUUUGAUAGGGAGCGAGAAAAACUAAUACCAUACAUUGGAAAAUUGCCAUGACUUAUCAAUAAGGUAUGACCUAUUGAAUUACUGAAGCUGAGAACACCAAUACACUUAUACACUUGCUUAUUAAUGCAGCAAAAUCUGUUACGCCAGGUUAACACUACAUGAUUUAAUGCUAAGGGUAUAUGUGUCUACACGUAGGUUUCAACGUUGGAUAAAUGGGCAUAUGGUCUACGCCAUUGGGCUAGAGAUAUACUUGCUAUUUGGCCAUGGAAGCCUCCACUAUUGAACUGAGGUUCAAUUACAGUUUUAACAACAUUUUAGAUCACAGGUAAAUAAAAAAAAAAUCCUCAUGCACCGUUUGUAGUAUUUGGCACCAUAACUCACAAAAUAAUUAAUUUUUAUCUUGUUCUGGCUACUGUGCUUGCUCAGAUCUCCUCAUCGAGGGGUCCCCUAAUUAAUAUAAUCUCUGCAAGUAGCCUUUCUUGAAAACUUUCCAUCAUUUAGUAACUGUUCAGUGGCUGCAGUUGCCCCCCUUCCCCUAGCAUUUUUGUGGAAAGCACCACCAACACACCAAACAGAUAGAUACAGAAAAUGCAAGGCAGCCAUCAAGGGUAUGCAAGCACAUAGAUAAAAGCAAAUAUAUCUCUACCCACAGGGGUAUGUGGCUAAAGUGUAUGGUAUUCAUACACUGGACUUGUGUUUGAAUCAUACAACCAUCUGAAAACUCUUGACAAAAGUGGCGUAGUGUGAACCUGGCAGAAGCACUGCUGUUUUUCGUGUUUCAUGUUCUACUGCCUGCAGCUCCACCAUCUCAAUCUUCCCUGUUAGCGUCACAGGCCUUCUCAGGUUGGUGUUUGUUAUAUAUUUGUUUUCGGAAGGCUGCCAGUCUAUCGUGUGCUUUAUUUCCUGGAAUUGGUUUCUGGCAUUUGAAAUUUAUAUUAACUGGAAAAUUCUGGCCCUGUUCUUCUUUUUGUUUUGUUUUGUUUUGAGUCAGUGAUCCACGACCACAUGAUUCUACUGUAUUCUAUCCUUGACCAAGAAGUAUGUAAAUCCUGUAUUUAUUCUCAGUUCUCUCAUGAACUACUCAACCUGAGAUUAAAUUUGUUUAGAUAAACUAAA